GUAGGAGCCAUGGCAGCAACUGCUCAGUACCUGCCGAGGAAUAACAGCUUGCCUUCCAAUCCGCUCAUGCAUCCGGACUCUGACAGGAUGCACCAAGGUACCACCUACAGAGAGGUGCAGAAGAUGAUGCACCAAGAGUACCUGCAAGGCUUGGCCACCAACGCCGGCCAUCCCAUGAGUCUUACCCAUCAUCAGUGGCUGCCCAAUCCCACCAGCGACUGGGGCAGCGGAUCUCAUCUGGGAGCACAGGCAGAGCAUGGAAAAAGUGGGGUGCAGAGCAGCAGGGAGGACCUGAGCAGCAGCUUCCACCACCACAGGUCGCACCUGGUUCAUCAACAGACUCCCAGCAGUCACGCGUGGGCACAGAGUGGGGGGCAUCACCUGCCUUCCAUGUCCCCCGGCUCAAACAGCCACCAGCCCCUCAUCUACUCGCAGUCCUCCUACACCAACCUGAAUGGCAUGCUGGGACCUCAGGCUUCCUCUUUGCACCACAGCAUGAGAGACCCCUUGCACGAUGACCCCGGAGUUCAUGACACUCACGUAGAGUCCCCUCCUCAGCAUCUGGGCCACCAUCAGGACCACUCAGAUGAAGACGCCCCUAGCUCAGAUGACCUGGAACAAUUUGCCAAACAGUUCAAACAGAGGAGGAUCAAGCUGGGCUUCACCCAGGCAGACGUGGGCUUGGCCCUUGGCACCCUCUAUGGCAACGUCUUCUCCCAAACUACUAUCUGCAGGUUUGAAGCGCUGCAACUGAGUUUUAAGAACAUGUGCAAGCUGAAGCCCCUGCUGAACAAGUGGCUGGAGGAGACAGAUUCAACAACAGGGAGCCCCACUAACCUAGACAAGAUUGCAGCCCAGGGCAGGAAAAGGAAGAAGAGGACCUCCAUUGAAGUUGGGGUGAAGGGGGCAUUGGAAAACCAUUUCUUAAAGUGCCCCAAGCCCUCAGCUCAUGAGAUCACAUCCCUGGCAGACAGUCUCCAAUUGGAGAAGGAGGUGGUGAGAGUUUGGUUUUGCAACAGAAGACAGAAAGAGAAAAGGAUGACCCCAGCAGGGGUCCCUCACCCCCCCAUGGAGGAUGUGUAUUCACAAGCAGAGACCCCUCCACUCCAUCACACACUGCAGACCUCAGUACAAUGACUAAGAAAUAUAUAAAAGAGGGGGAAUUGUCAGGGGGUGGGAUGAAGUAAGUACUUUUGGAUUUUACAAAAGAAUAUAGUUACAGGACCCUUGGGAAAAGACUGGAGAAUCUUUUUGCCACAAGAUACAUUUAAGACACGCAAACAAACAAACAAAAAAACCUUUCCCAGUUCUGUUUGUUACAACUCCGCUCAUCUAGUGUUCUUGUUCCUUCUUGAAGGUAAAAGGAAAAAAAAAGGGUGGGUGUCAUUUAUUCUCCAGAAAUCUGAGGGAUAGGUUCAAAAUUCUAUGAACUGUGAAUAUUUUUUAUUAUUGUAAAUGUAAAUUCUCAUUCUCACAAAGACUUUGGCAGCUUUGAAUGGAAAUAUGUGUUUUAUUUAUUAAAUAGUCAGUUAACCCCUAAAGUGCUGUAAAAGGGCAUAUCGCUGGCAUGGAAGGGGUUUAUAGAUACCCCUGCAGGUUAAAACAAAAAACAAAGUAUAUAUUUAUUUGGAAUCCACCAAUGAUCAACUUCAUUUGUUUUAUCCUAAAGAUAACACAUCCAAAGGUUCUUGUUUUUCGUUAAUUUAAUUUUCCUUUAUGUUGUAAAUUUCUGUUUCUCUCUUGUCAGGGGCAAAUCUUUGCCUGAGAAAGUUCAUGCUGCACUAGCAUUUUUCUGAUUAAUACUUUCUCUCCAACCAUCCCAUUCAUUAUGAUGGGAUCUGCAAUGAAGUCAUAAUGCAAUAUCAAUUGUUAAUGUUUUAAUUCGCUGCUUCUAAAAAAAAAUCUCAUGCCACAUGUUUAAGUUCUUUAGCUUGGCAUUUCAUAUUCGUGCCCAAAAGAAUUAACGCAACACACAACUUAAACAUCUCCAAAGGAUUCUGAAAAUAGUGUAUUGUGUAAAAAGAAAAGAGGGGGAAGAUAUAGAAAAAAACAAACGUAUUCCAUUAUAAAGCAAAUAAACUCUAAAGAAGAUUUUUAACUGGUUUGUAAAUAUGUGUUAUAUGUAUACAUAUGUACGUUUUUGAAAUUUGUGUGAUGAUGUUUUUGUUUGUUUUUUUUUUGUUCCAUUCUACACACUUUUGUACAUUUACUAAUUUGAAGAGGAUAUUUUAAUAUUAUUUCCAUAUAAACUUGACCCCCCCUUCUAUUUAUUUUGUCAGUUUUUUUUUUUGUUUGUUUUCAAGUUUGGCUCUGUAAAUUACUUUGUAAUAUAUAUAUAUAUAUAUAUAUAUAUAUAUAUAUAUAUAUAUAUAUAUAUAUAUAUAUAUUAUAUAUAUACAUUUUUGGUUUGGUGAAUUCUGUUUGUAACUUUUACAAAUAUAGAUUUUGCAAUUUUACUUUUUAUAUUUAUGUUAAAGUAAUAUGGUAUUACUUACAUAAAAAAAGGAAGCCCUUUAAUAAAAAAAAGCCUCAUGUCUUUUCUUUUUUCUAUAAAUACAUAUAAAUAUUUAAGGUAGACGAGAUGUUGAUUUUUAAUUUAAAAUGCCAAAUGAAAAUGUGUUUAAUGCUAUUUAAAAUCAACUUAAAUGUAUUUGUGUAAAUCAGUUUUUUGCGGCCCUGGUAUAAAUAGUGCUAUAAAAAAACUUAAUUAAAAAUAGUUUUAAAUUCUUUAUGUAAAAUGCCCUUCUCUCUCUAUUGUUUCCCCCCCCCCCCCAAAUAACUUUUCUUUCAAUCCUCAGCUGAUUUUGUCAACUCUUGAUUGCCGAAUACAUGGAAACCUCAGUACUUUCAAAUGUAUAUAAUGGUAGAAUAUCAAAGCUUUUUUUUUCCUUUGUGCAUAUUAUUUCCUUGCAUACCUUCUUGCCGACGGUGAAAACAAAAUCCAUAAAUCUUUUUCUUUACAAUUUGACCUUACAUAGUGAUCUAAUAAAAAGACUGAAAAUAAGAGUU